GCUGCUUUGACCUUUUAGCCAGGUUGGUGGGAGGUCACAUUCUAUACCCCAGAGGGUUUCACCAUGACUUUCUUUUCUCCCUUGACAGCCAAGUGAGACAGUGCAGCUGAGGAAGCAUCAUGGCUGUGUUCCUGGAAGCUAAGAAUGCCCAUGCAGUCCUGAAACGGUUCCCCCGUGCCAAUGAGUUUCUGGAGGAGCUACGUCAAGGCACCAUUGAGCGGGAGUGCAUGGAAGAGAUCUGCAGUUAUGAAGAGGUCAAGGAAGUAUUUGAGAACAAAGAGAAAACGAUGGAGUUUUGGAAGGGAUACCCAAAUGCAGUCUACUCAGUCCGAGAUCCCUCGCAGAGCUCAGAUGCCAUGUAUGUGGUGGUACCCCUUCUGGGGGUAGUCUUGCUGAUUGUCAUUGCCUUGUUUAUCAUCUGGAGGUGCCAGCUGCAGAAAGCAACCCGUCACCACCCCUCCUAUGCUCAGAACCGGUACCUAGCCAGUCGUGCUGGGCACAACCUCCCCCGAGUCAUGGUGUACAGAGGCACUGUGCAUAGCCAGGGAGAGUCUUCUGGGCACCGUGAGACAGGCAAUAACCCACAGAUAGUUCUGGGGCCCAGCCGGGGAGGCAGAACAACUGUCAGACUAGAGAGUACCCUCUACCUCCCUGAGCUCUCUCUCUCCAGACUAUCCAGUGCUACCCCUCCCCCCUCCUAUGAGGAGGUGACUGCACCCCAAGAGGCCACCAGUGAGGAGGCCAGUGUCUCUUACAGUGACCCUCCCCCAAAGUAUGAAGAGAUUGUGGCAGCCAGCCCCAGUGGAGACAAGUAGCUGAGCACAGGCCCUGGCCUGUAUAAAAGCCUCUGCCAGAGGUAGCCUGCUUCCUUUUGGACUUCUGAAAGACUGUGCCACCACAAAACAGCCUUAGCCUCCUUGUUGCCAAAUAAUUCCCUAAUUGUGGAUUUGUAGAAAGUAAGUUGGUAGAAACAGUUGGUGUGUGUAUGUGUGUGUGUGUGUGUGUGUGUGUGUGUGUGUGUGUGUGUGUGUGUCAGGGGUCGGGGGGCAUGGCAGUGCAUGACCACCCCCCAUGGGAAGAGCUACAGACUUGAGAGUCCAGGUCUUCCAGACCUCCUCCACUGCCACCAAGUCCCCACUAUCCUGUCCUCUCAUUAGGGACCAGCUUCUCUUAUGCCAAAGGACCCAUCCCAUAGCAUUGAUUGUGGUUAGAAUGACCACAGGCUCAUUCUAACCCUGGGGUUGUGGGACUGUCUGGGGACCCCUGUCUGUCUGGGUAUCUAGGUCACAGAGAAGAGGGGGUCAAGCCAGCCAUACAGUUUCUCUUUUCUCAACAGUUCCAUUCUUCCUGUUCUCACUUAUGAGAACAGAAAUAAUGAUUGAACUAGGAACAAAACACAAAUCAUAACAAAUAAUGAACCAUAGAUGAAAACUAUAGACCCUGGACCAUCUGGAGCCCUCCAAAAGACAUCAAUUGAACAGACCUUGGCACAGCCUUCCUCCAACACCCACCCCUGUGCUCCUGACCAGGGUGAAAUCUAUGUGGAGAGCAACUUGGCAGGAGGACAGGGCAAGGGAGGGAGGAGGGAAGGGGCUGGGUGGCAGGCUCCUUUUUUCCAGACCAAUCAAGGGGCCCACUUGAACUCUGUCAUCUUGUUUCUGAUGUGUACCAGCUGUGUUAAACCACUCCCCACUGGCAUUAGCCCAGGUGUAGCCCUGGAGUACUCUGUUGUGGGGAAACUGAUAACCCCUUCCUUCAUGGAGUCCAGGGCCUCUCCCUGGCUAUUACAGACUGGCACAGAGAGCUCAAGAUUCUUCCUUUGUGGGAUUGAUCAAUCCAUAGGAUAGUUAAAACCAUGAGCUCCACCUCCUUGGCACUGUGCUAUCUGGCUUUGAA